CCACGAUUUACAACAGAGGCCGAUAUAUAUACGAACUCCUUUCAGAUCUGAUAAGCCGUCUCCUUCUCUCGCUCUCUCUCGCACACGCUCAAGAGGACCCAUGGAGUCUCCAGGAUCUAUGGCGGUCCGUACAGCGACGAUCUCUGCAAUCCUUCUGCUUUUGAUCCAUGGCGCCUGUUCCUUCUAUCUCCCCGGCGUCGCUCCGGAUGACUUUUCAAAGGGAGAUGAAUUGAAAGUGAAAGUGAACAAGUUGACUUCUACAAAGACUCAACUUCCUUACUCGUAUUAUUCUCUUCCUUUCUGUAACCCAGGUCGAAUAGUUGACAGUGCAGAAAAUCUAGGCGAAGUACUUCGUGGUGAUCGUAUUGAAAACUCCCCUUAUGUGUUUAAAAUGCGGGAGCCACAGAUGUGCAAUAUUGUCUGCAAGGUCAAACUUGAUGCCAAGAUGGCAAAAGAGUUCAAAGAGAAGAUAAACGAUGAGUAUCGGGUCAACAUGAUCCUCGAUAACCUGCCUCUAGUGGUUCCCAUGCGAAGGCUAGAUCAGGAAUCUCCACCUGUUUAUCAGCUUGGCUAUUUUGUUGGGCUCAAAAGUCAAUCUGGGGGCAAAGAUGAGAAGUUCUUUAUCCACAACCAUUUGGCGUUCACUGUCAAGUAUCAUAGAGAUCUGCAAACUGAGACAUCAAGAAUUGUGGGAUUUGAGGUUAAGCCCUUCAGUGUUAAGCACGAAUUUGAAGGGAAAUGGAAUGAAAAAAACACUCGUUUAACUACCUGUGACCCUCAUGCAAAACAUACAGUCGUUAACAACAAUAAUCCUCAAGAAGUUGGAGAGAACAAAGAAAUUAUAUUCACAUAUGAUGUUGAUUUCCAGGAGAGCGAUGUAAAGUGGGCUUCUAGAUGGGAUGCUUAUCUCUUAAUGAGCGAUGAUCAAAUUCACUGGUUUUCAAUUGUCAAUUCAUUGAUGAUUGUCCUCUUCCUAUCAGGCAUGGUGGCAAUGAUAAUGCUUCGGACACUCUACCGUGAUAUUUCCAAAUACAAUGAACUUGAGACCCAGGAAGAAGCACAGGAAGAGACAGGAUGGAAACUUGUCCAUGGGGAUGUUUUUAGGCCCCCAAAUAAGUCGGAUUUGCUCUGUGUGUAUGUUGGAACUGGUGUUCAGUUCUUGGGGAUGAUACUUGUGACUAUGAUCUUUGCUGUUCUUGGAUUCUUAUCCCCUUCCAACAGAGGUGGUCUUAUGACGGCCAUGCUCUUGCUUUAUGCCUUCAUGGGUCUUUUCGCAGGUUACGCCUCUGCACGCCUGUACAAAAUGUUUAAAGGAACAGACUGGAAAAAGAUUGCUCUUAGGACUGCUGUCUUGUUUCCAGCAGUUGUUUUUGCAAUUUUCUUCGUCUUAAACACACUCAUAUGGGGGCAGAAAUCAUCUGGCGCUGUGCCAUUUGGGACAAUGUUUGCCCUGGUCUUCUUGUGGUUUGGGAUCUCGGUUCCCCUUGUGUUUGUGGGAAGCUAUGUUGGGUUCAAGAAGCCAGCAAUUGAGGAUCCUGUGAAGACAAAUAAAAUCCCAAGGCAGAUUCCUGAACAGGCCUGGUACAUGAACCCUGUUUUCUCAAUUCUAAUUGGAGGAAUUCUUCCGUUCGGAGCUGUUUUCAUCGAAUUGUUCUUCAUCCUCACCUCCAUCUGGCUGAACCAGUUCUACUACAUAUUCGGUUUCCUGUUCUUGGUCUUGAUCAUACUUAUCAUCACUUGCGCCGAGAUAACUGUGGUGCUUUGCUACUUCCAGUUGUGCAGCGAGGAUUAUCUUUGGUGGUGGAGGUCAUACCUCACAUCAGGCUCGUCUGCUCUGUACCUCUUCCUCUACGCCACAUUCUACUUCUUCACAAAGCUUGAAAUUACCAAGUUGGUCUCUGGGUUAUUAUACUUCGGAUACAUGUUAAUCGCUUCAUAUGCAUUUUUUGUGGUCACCGGUACCAUAGGAUUUUAUGCAUGCUUUUGGUUCACAAGGCUCAUCUACUCAUCUGUUAAGAUUGAUUAAGGCUUGGUCGGUUGUUAUCUCUCUCAUUUGGAGAAUUUAACAAAAGGAUGUUUUAGUGUAAGAUUUUGAAAUUACGGUACGAUUUUUAUGUGUUUCAGAUGUAAACUGUAUUGUACUCAAUUUUGAAUGGUGACAAGGUCAUUAUUCUGUUA